UCUGGGUGUGCUGGGCAGGCUGCUGGGGCUGUGCCACGCUCUGCCCCAUAGGGUCCCUGCCCCACCGGUGCUCCAGGGACUGAGCCAGGCAUGGGGCCCCAGGACACCUGUGAGAGGCCGGUGGCACGGCCAGGCCCAGCCAUGCUUGGGGGCAGGCAGCGCCUGGUGCUGGCAGGAGCAAGGGGGACUGGGUGCAGACUGAAGCUAGGCAGCUCCCUGUGCAGGCAGCAACAUCCAAGUUAAGCAUGGGAAUGGCGUCUCCCAAAUUCAGUGCCUUUAGCCCCCUUCCGGUGUAAGCCUGGCAGCCUGGUCUCCACUGGGGCUGCUGGCGGCUGAGGGGCAGGUGCUGACAGUCGCUGGGGACCUCCUGGCACCCCAGGAAGGGGGCCUGGCCUAGCAGGGAGGGGAUGGGGGUACAUCGUCUGCUGCAGCACCUGCACGUGCACCCCUGAGCUGCUGGGGUGAGCACCUGGCACAGCAGUCUCCUGGGGCUGGGGGGUGCUGGCUGCUCUCAGGGCUGAAAUGCUGGCAGCUGCUGGGGGAGCCAGACCCUCCUCCUGUGCACAGGGCUGUGGGGUGCUGCCCUGGGGCACUGCUGGCCGUGCUGGGCUGGCCAGAGCUGAGACAGGGUGCUCUGGCAUCUGAGGACCCUGGGCAACCUGUCUGCUGUGUGCCCCAGGGGCUGGGGGAAGCCAUGUCCCCAAGAGCAUCCUCCCGGUUGCUGUGGGGACCGCAGGGGCUGCUGAGCUUCCCUGUCCCCCCCGGGGCUAAUUACUGGGAAGGAGUGCCAGCAGCAAGGGCCAUGGCCACCUGUGGGGAGGGCUGGGUGAGGAGAUAGUGCGAGCUGAGCUCUGUCCUUGUUUCCUGCACAGCCUCCAGCACAGCCCACAUCCCACAGGCUCAGCCAUGGCCCCGAGAACGUGCAGAGUGCAUAGAGCCAGCAUGGACUGGCCCCGGCAGCUCGGCCCCUCGCACUGCCCCAGGGACAGCCUGGCAUGGGGCAGCGCAGCAGGGCAGGACCGCAGGCCUUGUGCAUGGCUGGGGAUGUGAGCACGCUGUGGGGCUGCGCCGGUGAGCAGGGGACCAUGGCCCUGCGCUGGCACUGUGUGCCACCGGUGGCUCUGGCGGAGGCCAGCUAAUGGCAUGGCUGGCAGGUGGCCAGGCUACUGGCACAGGGCCCGCUGCCUGCUGGGGCUGGGCUGCCGAGGGGCUGCGGCACAGCCUGCCUGCCCGUAGCCCCGGGGCCCGGUGCUCACCCCAGCCUGGCCUGCGGCCCUUGCCUGCGACACCGGGGUCCCCAGAUGGGCUGAGGUGCCCAACCAGGGCCCAUGGACUGGCAGCCGAUGCCCCACCGUGGGGUGGGGAAGGCGCCUCCCGUCCUGCACUUGGCCCCCGAGAAGCUCAUUAGCAAUGCUCCCCGCCUCCCGCCCUGGUCCCUGCGGAGCGGGCAGCGAGUGCAGGAGGCUCUAAUGGCUCCAAGCGGCUCUUGAUGGGCCGUGAUGGAGGCGGGAGCAGGAGGGGCUGUGGUUUCUGCCUCUGCCGGAGCCAGAGCUGCCACUGCCCAGGGUCGGCCGGGAAGAUGCUGGGUGGGCUCCUACUCUGGCUGCUCCUCGCCACGGCUCUGUGCCCUGGCCUCCUCGGGACAGUGUCGGUGCAGAAUCUGCACCUCUGUGAGGGCUACGCGAGCCCUGACGGCCGCUACCACCCCGGCUUCUACUGCCCGCGGCUGACCGACCCGGCGGGCCACCGCUACUGCUGCCGCGCCAGCCUGCGCGCCCUCAAGUCCUGCUGCUCUCAGCUGGCCCUGGAGGCACUCACCGGGGUGAACCUCUCCAGCCUGGCCAGUCCAGGCCUUCUCCGGAACCCGCUGGCCCUGCCCUUUGUGGGGCUCUACGGGCUCCUCGUCCUCCUCCUCAUGGCUGUUGACCUCUUUCACUUCUACCGGACCCGCCGCUGCCGCCUCGGCCGCCUCCUGCCCCGCGCCUGCCGCCCGCCUUGCAGACCCCCGGGGAGGCGCCAGCCCCGCUGCCGGCCGCCCUGCGGCCCCCGCGCCCCCGGGGGGCUCUCGCCGCCGCCCCCCGGCCGGGCCUGCUGA